ACGUAGAACGCCGCUCCGGACGGUCUGGACAAGUCGUCGCCGACCAUCUGUCUGCGGCCUCACCUGGACUCUGCACUCUGCCUCGUCUUCCCGAUCAAUACCCGAUCACGCCAAUCUUUUUGGGGAAAAUUACCGCAUUAUCGUAACCCCGCGAGGUGCUGUAAUCAAGAUGCUACACAGAUUCGCGGUGCUUGCGAUUUUCGCGGUGGCGGCUGUGUCCGCUACUAGUCCACCACGAGUGUUUACGAUGUGCAUCCCGGAGAUAUACGCGAAGGAAUGCGGGGAGAUGAUGGAAGAGUCGGCGAGUAAAGGUUUCCCGAUAGCCUGCAUUUCCGGACGCGACCGAUAUGACUGCAUCGAGAGAGUCGGCAGAAAGGAAGCAGACAUCGUUGCUGUAGAUCCGGAGGAUAUGUACCUCGCGGCGAAAAACCAAUUGGCUGAAAAGGCCGGAUACACCAUCGUCGAACAGGUGAGAACAAAAGAGGAACCCGACGCGAUAUAUCGUUACGAGGCAGUAGCCGUGAUCCACAAGGAUCUGGACAUUAACAACGUUCAGGGUCUGAAGGGUCUUAAGUCCUGCCACACUGGCGUGGGCCGUAAUGUCGGCUACAAAAUUCCCAUCACGAAGCUGACCGCGAUGGGCGUGCUAACCGAUAUCAACAACCCGGAAUAUUCCGCUCGCGAGAAUGAACUUCGCGCUCUAAGCACGCUCUUCGACAAAGGCUGCCUGGUGGGCACAUGGUCACCCGAUCCUGCCAUCAAUCAGAGGCUGAAGGAGACAUACAGCAACAUGUGCGCUCUUUGCGAGAAACCAAACGUGUGCGAUUAUCCAGACAUAUAUUCUGGAUACGAGGGAGCUCUACGCUGUCUGGCACAUAACGGCGGCGACGUCGCCUGGACGAAAGUCAUUUACGUGAAGCGUUUCUUCGGUCUGCCCGUCGGAGUUACUCCGGCCGUGCCGACAUCCGAAAACCCAUCUGACUUCCGAUACUUCUGCCCGGACGGCAGCAAAGUGCCUAUUGACGCAGAAACGAAACCGUGCACAUGGGCCGCCCGACCGUGGCAGGGAUACAUGACCAACGGGGCUAUCAGCAAUAACGCGGAAGCUAUCCAAAGAGAAUUGACGCAGCUAGGUCAGAUUGGUGAAAACGAGAAGGCAGAUUGGUGGGAGGAUCUCCUGCUACUUAGCGACAAAACUCUGGCUGUCGCUGCACCGCCGGUAUCACCGGAAGAGCACUUGAAGAGCGCGAAAUACAUGGAUGUGAUUGAAAGAAAUUCCGGGGCGCCGGAGAGAGACGCUCGCUGGUGCGUUUGGGAUGGAUAUGCGCUGAACAAGUGUCGCAGUUUCGCUAGAGCCGCGUUCUCCAGAGACGCCAGACCCAGAUUUGAUUGCAUACUAGAGAAAGACGAGGCUGCUUGCUUGAAGGCUGUCAGAGACAACGGAGCGGAUAUCACAUUAAUCGAUGGCGGAUCAGUAAAACGCGCUAUCAACGAUUACAACGCGAAACCGAUCGUCGCCGAGACCUACGGUAAAGGAUCAACGAAAGUCAGCGAGCGGCCUGCAGUCGCUGUUAUUAAAAGCGGCUCCUCCAUAAAUGGAUUAGCCGACCUCAGAGGCAAGCCGUCUUGUCACAGCGGCCACGUGGGCGACUUCGCUGGUUACUAUGCCCCGAUUCGCACACUCAAACUUAACGGGCUUAUCAACGAAUCUAACGAGAUAGAUAACUUCUUUUCUAAGUCUUGUGCGCCUGGCGCACCUCUCAACUCAAAGUCCUGUGAACUGUGUGUCGGCAAUAUUAAGAUCGACGACGAUCAGGCGAAACAAGCAACAAAAUGCAAACCUACGAAUGCCGAAUAUUACAACGGCGGAAAAGGAGCACUCAGAUGUUUGAAGGAUGGCAAGGGUGACAUUGCGUUCCUACCUUUGACAGCUUUGCAGCAGCUCGAUAAGGAGAAGGACGACGCUGGCAAACCCGAAGAUUACGUCUUGCUCUGCCCGAAUGGCGGUCAGGCGCCCAUCAACGAUUGGGAACGUUGUAAUUUAGGUUUGGAGCCACCGAGAAUAAUUGUUAGCUCGGCCGGGAAGAGCCCGAACUCCCUCGAAGAAUUGAACCAAGGAUGGUGUGGUGGAACUUAUGUCCAUCGACAACACAUGGGACAAGUGGAAUGCUUGGGCAGAUAUUCAACAGGACUAUGGCAGUCAUUGAAAAAAACUUGACGAUCAAGAAUGGAACAUUACUUGAUAGCCCUUGAUAAUACAUAAUACAUGUGAUAUUGCUACUCUGUUGCUGUUGCUGAAAAAUUAUCGCUAUUAAGUCAUAUAUCAAUAACCCGAGAGGACUGUUAGAUAAAUAAAAUACUGUCGAUAACCUCGCUUAUGUUUACGCACUGACAAAUAGCAUAUUACCGCGAUAGAGAUUACGCAUUUCAAUGUCACGACCACCAAUCUUCUUAAGGAGUUAUGCCGAGCGUGGAAUUGAAUCAAACGCUUGCUUCUUUAAACUUUCAACAAUAAAAAAAUUUAUUUUUCCGAG